GCGGAUGCUGUCAAAAUAUUUUUUGUGAUUGAUUUUUCUUCGGAUGUACGUGGCUGAUGUUUUGAAUGAGAAAUCGAUAGUUUUUGAAACUGUUUUUACGGUUUUUACAGAAUUUCAAUUUCAAUAUCGAGACAAUACGAAUAUAGAGUAAUAACUCUUAAAACAUUUUUCCAUUAUGGGUUUGUGCAAGUGUCCCAAACGACAAGUUACUACGCAAUUUUGCUUUGAGCACCGAGUGAACGUCUGUGAAAAUUGCAUGGUGGUAAAUCAUACAAAGUGCACGGUUCAAUCCUACAUUCAAUGGCUGAAGGAUAGUGAUUUUGAUUCUUCUUGUACCCUGUGCGGAAAUCCUUUGGAUGACGAGGACUGUGUUCGACUUAUCUGUUAUCAUGUCUUUCAUUGGAAAUGUUUAAACGCAAAACAGCAGUCGUUACCGGCAAACACUGCGCCCGGGGGUCACACCUGUCCCACUUGUAGCGAUCCUAUUUUUCCACCGGUUAAUCUCGUCUCGCCGGUGGCGGAUGUUCUCCGCACCAGACUAGGACAAGUGAACUGGGCGAGAAACGUCCUUGAGCUUCCUCUGCUCACGGACGAUAAGUCGGAUUAUGCCGCCUUCGACACUGCAACAACUUCUGCGGGCAUCCACAAUGGAAGUACCUUUGCCUCCAGUAUGGCUCAAACGCGAACGACCGAACGACCCGUCAGCCCUCACUCUAUUGUCAACAUGGACACGUAUGUUAAUAACGCAUCCGCUGCGAUGGAUUUUCAAGCGAGCAGUCGACGCCCAUUGCUGGCUAGAGAGUCUCCGAUAGGGGCAUCCGAUCGAGACGACAAAAAAUACAAGCGAAGAACACCCCAGGAAAUAUUCUCCCGCUGGUCCAGAAGACUUUAUGCCCCCUCCUCCAAACCGCCGUGGAGACGAACAUGGUUUCUGGUACUCGGGGGCUGCAUUGGUUUCGUUUGCAUCAUUUAUGUGCUGACCACAUUAGGACGUCGCGGCGGAGAUGGUGAAGUGAGUCUUAUUUACAAUCGCAAUCUCCCACAUGAAGAAUGAUGAAAAGCGAGAAACGGUGAUUACUGAAGUAGGUACUAUUCCAAAAUAAACACAGAUCAGUCUUUUUACUGUAUAAACAUUAUUAUUGUAAUCGUUAUUUUUGUCUAACAAUACAUUUCUAAUGCUGCAUAAUUAAAUUAAAUUUCUUCAAUGAGAA